GUUACCGUAUAUAGUAUUGCGUUUUAUCCUGUCUGUGUAGGGUGAAUUUACUCCCUGCAUUGCAGCCACUGUGCUGCUGAAAUCAAACACAACAAUGGCGACUCCCAGUCCCAGCACCAAUUCAACUUCUUGCAAUCAGAGCACUAACGCAGGAUCCAUUCUACACCACAACCAAACGAGUCAACACCUAACAACAAUGAGUGGCAUGCAGGAAUCUAACAGUUGCUGGAGGUGUCAAAAUGAAACAGGGUUUCAGAUAAACCUGUCAGGAGUUCCCCAAAGUAAACGCAAAGCACUGAAGCUAAACUUUGCUAGCCCUCCAGUCAAACCAACCUCGAGACUCCCUCUCUCCUCUGCUACUCCCCCGUUUCAGAACCCUCACAUUGAGAGGCUGCGGACACACAGCAUUGAGUCGUCAGGGAAACUAAAGAUCUCUCCUGGACAGCAUUGUGACUUCACCGCUGAGGACCUGAAAGACCUGGGAGAGAUAGGAAGGGGAGCCUACGGCUCCGUCAACCAAAUGGAGCAUAAACCCACUGGUCAAAUUAUGGCUGUUAAGAGGAUUCGCUCCACUGUUGAUGAGAGGGAGCAGAAGCAGCUCCUCAUGGAUUUAGAUGUAGUUAUGAGGAGUAGCGACUGUCCAUAUAUAGUCCAGUUUUACGGUGCCCUGUUCAGAGAGGGUGACUGCUGGAUAUGUAUGGAACUUAUGUCUACCUCGUUUGACAAAUUCUACAAAUAUGUAUACUGUACAUUAGAUGAUGUCAUUCCAGAGGAAAUUUUAGGCAAAAUUACAUUAGCAACUGUGAAAGCACUGAACCACUUGAAAGAAAACUUGAAAAUAAUUCACAGAGACAUAAAACCUUCCAACAUUCUCCUUGAUAGAAAUGGCAAUAUCAAGCUCUGUGAUUUUGGCAUCAGUGGGCAGCUGGUUGACUCUAUAGCCAAGACCAGAGAUGCUGGGUGUAGACCUUACAUGGCACCUGAGCGGAUAGACCCCAGUGCUUCCAGGCAAGGUUACGACGUCCGCUCUGAUGUUUGGAGUUUGGGAAUCACUCUGUAUGAGUUGGCCACAGGGCGUUUCCCCUACCCCAAGUGGAAUAGUGUGUUUGACCAGCUGACUCAGGUGGUAAAGGGUGAUCCACCGCAACUUAGCAACUCAGAAGAGAGGCAGUUUUCCCCCAAAUUUAUCAACUUUGUCAAUCUAUGCCUUACGAAGGAUGAGUCAAAAAGGCCAAAGUACAGGGAGCUUCUGAAGCACCCAUUCAUUCUGAUGUAUGAGGAGCGAGUGGUUGACGUUGCCAGUUAUGUGUGCAAAAUUCUGGAUCAGAUCCCUGCCUCUCCUAGUUCUCCCAUGUAUGUUGACUGAUGAUAUGUGGGUAAUGAGAAUAUGGUAUGACCUGGCAAC